AUGGUCAAGAAGGUGAGCAUGGGUCGCGACAAGGAAGGCUGCAUUCAGAAUAUGCCUGAAGGAAGGAAUUUCCUCGUGCGAGUUCUCGGCAAGCUGAACGAUGGUAAAGCUGUGUACAGCCCGUGGAAGAAGGCUGCUACACUUAGCCCAGACACCCGAGACAAGGACCUGGGCAACUUAGACCCGAUGAACAUGCCGCGGAUGAACUGCAACAACUGCCCAUGCGCCUGCUACGUACCUUUCCGGUGGGGCCUCAACUCGCCUGGGAGGUUGCGGUGUAGGCGUUGCGGCUGCCAUCACACAGAGCACCAGAUGGUUGAGAUUGGCGAGAUCCUCAAAGCACGGGAGACAAAGGCAAAGGGCUCCAUGAACAGAGAGGAUUGGGACGAGCGGGAGUGCCUGCUGUGGUUCUGGUCCCAGGGCGCCGUGCAUCCGAGAAACGUCUUGAAGGAGGCCAACAGCAGGUCCAAGCCGGGCUUGGCCAAUGGCGGUGUCAAGGGCCGCGUUUCAAUUGUCACGCCCACGACGGAAACACGCCACAAGUUCCACGAGCAGCUCUUCCGGUGCUUUGAGGCACAGACUUGGCCAGACAAGGAGCUUGUCAUUGUGGAGACAUACUGGGAGUCCUACUCUGACUUCUUCUCGCAGAAGGCACAGACUGAUCCCAGAGUGGUCUAUGUCAAGUACAAGCAGCAGGCCCGAUCGGACUGGAGCAUCGGACUGAAGAGGAAUGUGGGAACGCACCUUGCAUCCGGCGAGUUCAUUGCAAGCUUCGACGACGACGAUCUUUACGCACCCAGCUACCUCAACACGAUGGUCAGCGCUCUGGAGGCCUUGGCCGUGAAACUCUCCAACUGGUACGUGUACCACAUGGACUCCGACGCUUGGUCCUUUUGCGACCCCAUUGCCUGGGGUCUCACCAAGGGACUGGAUGAGACCUCUGACAAGGUAAAAAGUUGGGCCUACGGCUACGGCUUCUCCUACGUCUAUCGCCGGCAGGACUUCAACUUCAUGAUGCAACUGCAGAUCCGCAGAGGUGAACGCAGCGUGCACCUCGUCCCGGACGACUUCGGCAUGUGCCUACACGUGCAACAUGGAGGCAACACAUCCAACUCCAUUCCACUUCGCGAGGCGUGCUUUCUCAGCAGUCCAUUUCCAUAA